CAAAAAAUCUCUGGUAAUUUUUAAUUUAACAAACCGAAAAGAAUCAGUUUACAGAAUGUGAGAAUAAAGGAGUGGAGUCAGAACUAGUACGUGGCAAUUCAAAAAAUGAUUGAUCGGGUGAUUUUUGCCAUUUUGCCCCUUUUUCACUUGAGAAUGGUAACAGGAGGAUGGCCUGGGAAUAAAACAUUCUGGCAUUCCUGCCCUGCUUACUGUAACUGUUCUUUCAUAGACUACACUGCCAUGGCCAAAUGUGAUUUGCAAAUGAUGGACAAGUGUGAAAAUUUCGUUCUUCCCAACAACAUCAUGAUGUUAGAUUUAUCCAAAAACAAUUUGGUUGAAGUUCCGUCCUGUGUACUGAACAGAAGUAAAAGUAUCUCCUCUUUGAUUCUUUUAGGAAAUAAUAUUGGUGUCAUUGAAGAAGGAACCUUUCCAAUUAUGCCAAAUCUUCUACGCUUAGACUUGUCCUUUAAUGACCUCCGCGAAUGGAGAGGAGAUAUCGCUAACACCCUUCCCUCCCUACAGACAGUAGAAUUCACAGGAAACCAUUUAUACUUCCCAGACAAGAAUCUUUUUGAAGUUCACAACCUUAAAGAAAUUAGAGGGAUCACGUGGAAUAUUAAUUGCGCUAACUGCACAUUGAUUAACACUAAAAUACUUGUCAGUUCAAAUGAAAGUGACCUGGCGUGCAUAGUGACAUCAGAGAAGUAUGUUUUUCCGGAAGAGAUUGAAUAUGGAAGGUCACUUCUCUUCGUAAAACGAGGGUUUUCACCACAAUGCUUAUGUGAGUCAGACAAUUGCGUCGCGGAAGAUAUUUACUUGCCUUAUGAUCUCACACUCAACACGUUACCAAGAAAGUUAUUUUACACUGAGUACAUUCUAGGUGCCAUUGCAAUAAUCUUAAACCUUGUCGUCAUGUUUAUUUCGUUCGGAUGCCGUUCGCUUCGCACUAGCACUUCCUUCAUUUUGCUAGGAAAUAUCAGUGUUUGUGACAUCUUUAUGGGUGUUUACUCAGUCUUAAUAGCCAGAUACACCGUAUAUGAAUUUAUAGUUAACGCAGGCAACUACCCUAGGAUGGACGUAUUUGUUAAUGAUUACUGUACCAUAAUGGGAGUUAUUUUCACGACGGCUCAAAUAGUCUCAGUUUCAAGCUCUCUUUUGGCAACGGUGGAGCGUUAUUUAUCGAUAGUGCAUUGCAUGAAUCCGGGAGUAAGGUUGAGAAAGACCACUGCACUUAAGUGUGUGACGGGAAUAUGGUGUGCUGCGAUCGCCUACUCGCUUCUGCCGGUUUUCCAAGUUGGUGGUUUGAGAUAUCAUGGCGAAUUCACAUGCAUGAUGCCAUUUGUGAACGGGCCUGAUCAACAGGACACGUCAGAGGCUGGCCUCGCUGUUGCUGCCCUGCUUGUUUUGUUUUAUGUCAUUUGCAUUGCUUUAUACUUUCACAUCUUUCUCCAUGUUAGAAAAGCAGGCAUGAGUGCCGGUGUAAAGCGAAAGGCUACCUUGGCUAAGAACAUUUCAAUAAUGGUUUUUACAAACUUCAUAUUCUUCAUAUCACCAAUGGUAUGCACUUUACUGUUUGUGUACAGGUCUGAACAACUCUUCAAAGCUUUCAGUAUAAGCACUUUACGAAGCCUUAAAACCUAUUUUAUCAUGCUCUCCUGGGCUCCAGUUGUGUUUAUCAGCUUCAAUUCUUGCUUAAACCCUUGCCUGUGUGCAUUCAGACAUCCAAAAUUCCGAAAAGAGAUUAAAGUUUAUGUUGAGAAGCUUCAGUGCUCUUUUUUGCGACGAUCUCAGCACAAUUUGCCCCAGGUAUGGACGCUUACAGCUGCGGAACGACUGGAACUUACCUCAACAAAUGUUAUUGUUGGAAAUGACAAUGUUAGCUGUGAGACUUAUAGAUCACUGGAAACUUUGAACUGAACCUGAAGCGGAUGGAGAUUUUCCUUAACUGCCUCAAGCAUCGUUUGUGACCACUGACGUGAAAUAUGUUUCGUUUAUUUCACAGGAGUUAAUUUUAACAGUUGUUUAUUUGUUAUGGAGCACUUAGCAUCUUGAUGUUUUGAUGCUUUUGAAAUUAAUUAGUUUAGUUCAUGAUGAUGACAGUCACACAGUAAAGUAUUUUUUAACAUUUCGGCCAUAGUUAUUGGGGAUAUCCACCUGAUUACGACGGGGAACUGUAAUAUUCUCACUCAAACAUGCUUGAUAGAGAAAUGCAUAAUAAGUGUUCUUCAAACCUUAAAACACUGAGGGCAAACACUGAGGGGUAGGCUUUAUUGCAAGUAUCAUUUUGGUGUGGAUUGACCAUCUGCUGAGACAUGCAUUGUUUCCCCACAAACAACUUUAUAGAGUUGUAGGAAUAUGACCACUUCCUAGGGGUUUUUGACACAAUUUUUGAUUUCUAGAGAAGAACUUGAUCUGUAUGAUUAGUAUAAACUGUUUCA